CACAGAAUCCGAUUACCCGCGGUCAGUUUACCUGAUGAACUGUCAAAACUUUAAACGUCAUUAAUUAAUCUGCAAAGUGUGAAUAAAGACCAAAACAUUCCUCGUUCGAUCAGAAAUCCACACGAGCCACCCGCAAUGUCCGAGGUAAAUUUUUCCGCCCGUGCCUACUGCAAAAUGAUGCUGCACGCGGCCAAGUACCCGCAUUUGGCAGUAAAUGGGUUGCUGCUCGGUGCCAAGGGCGAUCAGCAGAAGGUUCUGGAUGCGGUGCCACUGUUCCACCAGUGUCUGCAUGUUAGUCCGAUGGCGGAGAUUGCGCUGAUCCAGGUCGAGGCAAAGGCCGCAAAGCAGGGCCUGCAAGUGCUGGGGUACUAUGCCGCAGCGGAAAAUUUCUACGACAAUAGCGUGGAGAAGGCCCCCGGUGGGCGUAUCGCCGAAAAGGUGGCGGAGAAUGUGACCGGGGCGGUGUUUGCCGUGAUCGAUAAUCGGGCGGUAUCGAUAAACAUGCGCUACCCGGCGUUGAAGGUUUGGCAGAGCAAGGAAGGACGCUGGGCCAAAGCGGGCAAGUGCUCGGUGGAGGAUUCGAAGAAUACCUUCGAUGCAGUGUCGAGUUUACUGCAGCGCGGUGCCAUGAAGGAGCUCAACGAUUUCGAUAACUAUCUGGACAAUACGGAUAACGAUUGGAACAAUGAGCAUCUGAAUAGGGAUUUGAGGCAGAUUUUGUCUAUGUACUAAGGGAUAAAGGGUGUGUUUGUGCAAUUUCACAUUAUGUCAUUUUCAAUUAAACUAAUUUAUUCUUUAAAUUGGAUGUAAUAAAUGGAUUUUUCCUGUGUUAGACAAAA